AUCACCAACGGAGCGGCACGAACCUGGAUGGCUAAAUAAAAUAACAAAUUUUUAGGAUUUAAAACCAUCCUCAUAUUUUUCACCUAGCAUGGAUGACCCCGAAGAUCUGGAAUACGUAGAGGAGGACUAUUAUGCAUUUCUCAACGUGCCACGCAAUGCAACGCCGGAAGAAAUCAGCAGUGCCUAUAGGAACUUCAGUCGCAUCUAUCACCCGGAUAAGCAUGUGGACGUUCGCAAUAAAGAAAAGGCAGAAAUGAUGUUCAACCGAACAAAAAAGGCCUACGAGGUGCUGUCGGAUCCGCAUCAGCGUGCGAUAUACGAUUCACUCGGAAACAAGGGUCUUCAAACCGAAGGUUGGGAACUUGUUCAUCGAACUCGGACGCCGGCCGAAAUCCGCGAGGAAUAUGAACGGUUAGCUCGGGAGCGGGAAGAGCGGCGUUUACAGCAGAAAACCAAUCCCCGAGGGAACAUUACGGUGCAGAUAAACGCGACGGACAUCUUCAGCAAGUAUGAAGAUGAUUACGAUGAUGGGAGCCUAUUUCCGAUUAUUGAAGUUUCUGGAAUGAGUAUGUCGCAAUCGAUAGAAGCCCCUCUGUCUAGAACGGACACGGCCACACUUUCCGGUAACCUACACUUGCAGAAUGGCGUGGGCAGCGGGAACUUUCUGCUUUCCGGUCGGAGACUCAUCAAUAAGGGAUGGUUCGAAAUAGAUUGUGGAGCCGGAAGCGGACCAGUGCUAGGUGUGAAAGCAUCGAGGAAUUUAACCAAUCGGUUAUUUCUGAACGGGGGUACAACCGUUAAUUUUCGGCAAAACGCCAUUAUUCCCGGCAUUGCUGGCACUUUGGCAAUUCAGCUUGAUAAGCACACUGUUGGCUAUCUGACUUACAACGCUGGGUUGCAAAGUUCCAUGUCUACAACAAUCGAGCACAACACGGACAAGUAUCACUACAAUCUAAGUGCAACUCUCGGAAUUCCCCACUGUUACCUUACUGCCAGCUAUACGAGAAAACUUGUCGAACAGGAGCUCAAACUGAGAGUAGCUUUAAAAGGUGGAACAUUCGGUUUUCUCGCAGAAUACGGUGCGGAGAAGAAAGUUUCUAAAUACAGUUCGGUUGUAGCUACUGUAAGUGUUGGAGUUCCCACUGGAGUCACCCUUAAAGUCAAAGUCAUCCGCUCGACACAGACGUACCUUUUUCCGAUUCAUCUGAGCGAGGAGGUUAUUCCAGCGGCAAUUUUCUAUGCUACCAUCACUCCUCUGUUGACGUAUUUUGUGCUGAAGAAGACCAUCAUCGAUCCAAUGAAUGAAGCUGCCAAGCAACGGAACAUAGAGAAAGUGAAAGAAGUCAACCGAACGCGAAUGGCAGAAAAGCGCCGUGAAGCGGAAUCCGCUAUCGCCCUGAUGGGUGCUCUGUACGAGCGUAUUCGCAAGGAUGAAGAGAAACGCAAAGGGCUGAUCAUAGUGUCUGCGCUGUAUGGCAAAUUCGAACCGGACGAAAAUGUGGCGAUCGAACAGCGCGACGAUCUUGGUUUUAUACAGCACAAUCCAAAUGUAAUUGACGUGAAAAUUCCACUUCAGUGUUUGGUCAAAGAAUCGCGUUUGCUCCUGCAUGGUUCCACGAAGAGCGAACUACCCGGCUUUUAUGAUCCAUGUUAUGGAGAAGAUAAACUGUUACGAAUUGACUAUGAGUAUCAGACCAAAUCGUACAGUGUAACGAUGACCGAUAGUGAAGAUAUUAGAAUACCAAACACCGUAAGCAUCUGAUGCUCUCAUGUUGUGUUUGUUUUACAUCGGAAGCGAUUUUUUGCAGCCAUUGACGACAGACUAGAAUAUAUCAGCUUCCGAAAUGUAUUCCACGUUGCAUUCCCAUUGGAACAGAUUGUGCUGUGCGUCAUUAACUAGCACAAUCUACCUGCGGUUGCAAUUUUAUUUAGUCAUAAAUUGUAGUUUUGCAAUAAAAUGUUAGAUAGUUCAGGGUGCUGGUUGAUAUGGCUGCGAAAAUCAGCAGAAAGCCGAUGAAUAAAAUUGUU